CGCCAUUAUCAUUUAGACAAAAGAGUGUUGAAAGGACAUUCUGUCGGUGCUUCAUUAGCGCAGGCCUCCCUCUGUGGCCAAACCACGGCCAGCGUUUAGUGCAAUUACCCCGGCAGAGAACAACUGUCAAUCAUCCUUAAAGGGGAAGGAUUCCAAUUAUUAAAUCUCUUAAGUCUUUUCCUCUCGCCACCGGCUCUCUGCGCGUCAGGCCAGUUUGCAUGGCUUCAUCCUAAAGAUCAAGACCUCCAUAUGCUGCGGGAAAUGGGACGUAUCUGAGUGCUCCGGAAUUUACGCUCACUUUUGGGAUGCGAGAAAUAGUCGUUAACGGUCGUUUUACAGUCUGAAGCAGGUGCACUGUGGGUAAAAAGUUGCGGUGUGUCAUUUGCGGCGAUGCUUGGAGGCGAAGACAACCCUGUGGGAUUCUGACGAGCCGGAAAUUUGAAGAAAAGAUAUUUGCCAGGGAAUCUCUGGAACCACUCACAAACUGGAACCAGAUUCUCUUUUGGACAUAACUUGCACACGUUUCCUUGAGGAGACUUACCGUAAGGGCAGAUUGGAUGCAUUUAUCACCGGAUACGAUGGACAUGGUGGAUGAUGGCUGCCUCUCAACGGACAACUACCAUGAUCUGGGUAAAGGCGGCGCUUCGGGGAUGGGAGGCCGCGUGCACAGCAUCGACGUGAUUCUGGGCUUCAGUAAAGACCAGGAUCCUCUGCUCAACCCGGUCGGGUCUGUCUGCACACACAAAGUGGACGGAGCAGAUCUGGGAGAAGAGGAGAAACAAGUGACCUCUGACCCCUACGGCCACCUGCAAAGUCUUCCGGAUAAUUCACAGCAGUCAGCUGUGUAUCACGAUACUGGACUUUACUCCACAGAGAAGUGCGACGCAGAUUUGGGAGAUCCACGGAGCAAUGUGGAGAGCGACAGUCGCUCACCGGACGCUCCUGAUGAGGAUCAACCUAAAAAGAAACACAGACGCAACAGAACCACCUUCACCACCUAUCAGUUACACGAGCUGGAGCGCGCUUUUGAGAAAUCCCACUACCCAGAUGUGUACAGUCGAGAAGAGCUGGCUAUGAAAGUCAACCUCCCAGAAGUUCGCGUUCAGGUUUGGUUCCAGAAUCGGCGUGCAAAAUGGCGGCGACAAGAAAAAAUGGACAUGGGAAGCAUGAAGCUCCAUGACUCGCCUAUGCUGUCCUUCAACCGACCGGCCAUGGCGCCCAACGUAGGGCCAAUGACUAACUCUCUUCCUCUGGACCCCUGGUUGUCCUCGCCGCUCUCCAGUGCCACUCCCAUGCCCAGCAUCCCGGGCUUCAUGGGACCCGGCCAAAGCCUCCAGCCCACCUAUACGGGCCACCCCGGCUUCCUGAACACUUCUCCAGGCAUGGUGCAGAGAAUGCAACCCAUGCCACCACCUCCUUACCAGUGUCCUCCAGCAUUUAAUGACAAAUACCCACUGGAAGACGUGGACCGCAGCUCUAGCAUCGCAGCUUUGAGGAUGAAGGCCAAGGAGCACAUUCAAUCCAUGGACAAAACCUGGCAACCCAUGUAAUGGGAAAAUGGGGAGCGUUAUAGUAUUUUAUUGGGAUCUUAUAGACAUUUGGAUGCAUUUUUAAAAAUGACCAGCAUCGCAACAUUAGGAUUAGGGUUCACCCGAAUGCCAUUGGCGAGAUCUGGAAACGUGAAGUAUUGAAAGCUUGUUCUCAUUUUAUAGCUUCUGGCCAAUAAGACAAAACUCAGUUUGAUUUGAAGGACCUUUGAGAAUAUUUUCAUAACACAACUUAUGCUUGGAUUUACGCCGAUGGUCAAACCUGCUUGGUGCAUUGGUUUCAAUUUGGGUUGCCAAGUCUGCAGUUUUUUCCAUGGAAUGGGGCUACUUCUACAUUGUUGCCGCGGAUUGUUUUUAGUCCACAGGUUAAAGCGAUCUCUUCCACCCCGGAAUGCAAUUAGAAUAGCAAUUGGGCUGUAUUUUUUGUGCAGACCUGGCAACCAUGACAACAAAGCACAGACUGUUUGGGAUCGUGGCAUUUAGUAAGGCGUUUCUUACUUCUUACCCGCACAUGUCGAGCUCCGUAGGAUUCUGGGUUUCAGUCGGUGCCAAG